UUUUUUUUUUUCCUGGCCCAGGUGUCUUCAAAGAAAACCCUGCGAUGUCCCUCUGGUUGCCAGAGGAGUUGGAGGCUCUUCAUUCCCACACGUUCCGGGUGAAGACGUUCAAGAAGGCCAAGCACUGCGGCGUGUGUAAACAGAGCAUCGUCCAGGACGGACUCGUCUGCCGAGUUUGCCGAAUUGCUUGCCACAAGAAAUGUGAAGUCAAGGUGUCUUCCUCUUGUGUUCCAGCAACAAACUAUGAGCUGGCGCCGAGCAGUGACCUCCCUCUCAAACAUGUAGACACCAUGGGCUCAACAAAAUCCACAAAGAGCAUGGAGUCCCGGCGCCGACCAUCAAGGAGCGCCAGUCUGCUGCAGGCCCUGGAGGAGAGCUACGAGCUGGACCUGCUCUACAUCACCGAGAGGAUCAUCUCCGUCUCCUUCCCCGGCAGCGUGGACGAGCAGAGCUACGCCGCCAACCUGCAGGAGGUGGCCUCCAUGCUGCGCUCCAAGCACGGACACAACUACCUGCUCUUCAACCUCAGUGAGAAGCGUUAUGACAUCAGCCAACUCAAUCCAAAGGUGCUGGACUUUGGCUGGCCGGACCACCACGCUCCCGCCCUGGACAAGAUCUGCAGCAUCUGCAAGGCCAUGGACACGUGGCUGACCGCGGACAGCCACAACGUGGUGGUCAUACACAACAAGGGCAACCGGGGCCGAACGGGAGUGGUGGUGGCCGCCUACAUGCAUUACAGCAACAUAUCUGCAAGCGCCGACCAGGCUCUGGACAGGUUCGCCAUGAGGCGCUUUUACGAGGACAAAGUGCUUCCUGUGGGUCAGCCAUCGCAGAAAAGGUAUGUGGAGUACUUCAGCGGCCUGCUCUCCGGUCACAUCAAGAUCAACAACAAACCCUUGUUCCUCCAUCACGUCAUCCUGCAUGGGAUCCCCAACUUCGAGUCCAAAGGAGGUUGUCGUCCAUUUCUCAAAAUCUACCAGGCCAUGCAGCCCGUCUACACAUCUGGGAUCUAUAACGUUCAGGGCGACAGCCAGACGAGCAUCUGCAUCACUAUCGAACCUGGUCUUCUUCUGAAAGGGGACAUCCUGCUCAAGUGCUACCACAAGCGCUUCCGCAGCCCGUGCCGGGACGUGAUCUUCCGGGUUCAGUUUCACACGUGUGCCGUUCACGACCUGGGGAUCGUCUUUGGGAAGGAUGAGCUCGACGAGACGUUCAAAGACGACAGGUUUCCAGAAUAUGGAAAAGUGGAGUUUAUUUUCUCCUUCGGGCCGGAGAAGAUCCAUGGUACUUCUGGUCAAGGUAUGGAUCACCUGGAGAACGGGCCGAGCGUGUCGGUGGACUACAACACACAGGACGCCCUGAUUCGCUGGGACUCGUAUGAAAACUUCAACCAGAGCUGUGAGGACACGGCAGACGAAGUCAUCCAUACCCAAGGGCCCCUGGACGGAAGCCUCUACGCCAAAGUUCGCAAAAAGGAGGCUGUUGAAGGAGCAGUCACAGCGAAUGGCCUUCCUCCCACUGCUGCAGAACAUGCCCUCCCCGUGGUGGACCACGCCUUAUCAGUGAGCAGUGACUCAGGAAACUCCACCGCCUCCAUCAAAACUGACAGAACUGAUGAUGCGGCCGCAGCGCCUCAUGCAUCCGCAGUGAGCCCGACACACGUCCCUGUGGCUGAGGAGUCAUCCUCGGUCCAUCGCCUCACGCCACCUGCCCAGCAACCGAUCAGUCCCCAAGAGAAACAGGAGCUGGAGCAGCUUCUGAGUGGACUGGAGGGGCCCAUGCACCGACAGGGCUACCUGUCCCCCCCGACUUCUGCUGUUGGAGGGAUGCUUCACCUGGUGCCGGCCCAGGUCCACGUCAAUGGGCACAACAGCGUUGACCGGGAAACAGACAUUUUAGAUGAUGAGCUUCCUACCAGUCAAGAGGGCAACAGUGUGGACAGUCUGGGGACGUUCUCCUCCACAGAGGGGAGGGCCACACCAGCUGACCUCUACUACCAGUCAGAGUCACUGAUCAAUGGUCAGGACCAUGUGCCGUAUCUGGAGCGCAGUGCUCCAGAAAAGCCUCUGGAGACCGUCCAGCCACAGGUUGGCAGAUCCGACAAACCUGUCACUUUAAGCCAAAGUGAUUCAGCCCCAUUAUCGGUUACUUACAUGGCCACCCAGAAUGGCAGUGUGUACCGCUCUCAGUCAUUCGGUGAAGAACCAAAGUCUAUGCCACCAGCUCCUGCUCGCACCACAAGUAGCAGGGAUGCCGUCCAGCGUGGUAUUAAUGUUUGGCAGCGGUUCGGUGUACCUGAGGAGCCAGUCACUGAAGGAUUUACUUUUAGUUCACCUCCCUCUGUAGCAGUGAUGCCCAGCCACCACAGCCUCCCGCAGUUCCCUCAUCGCCAAAGCGCCUCCCAGCAAGAGAUUGAGCAAUCUAUCGAAACCCUUAAUCUCCUCAUGUUGGACCUGGAUCCAGCUUCCUCACCGGUGCCAAAGUCCCAAAGUGCUCCACUGUGGGAAAACAGUGUUGUAGUGACCACACAGCCGUCCUUUUCCCAGAGCCAAACCAGACCCUCCUACCAGGGGGAGUCUGCGAUUCACUUUUCAGGUCCCGUGUCACCAGCUCAGAUGUCAGCUGGAAAACCUACGACACCAGAGCCUCCACCAGUCCAUGGAUCACUGAGUUACAUCUCUGAAACCACUGGAACAAGUCCUCCCUCCCAAGCCUCCCAUACUGUAGCGGGACACUUCCAGCUGAAGCCCAUCAACACCUAUCCACCGAGCACACUGUCCCAUUCUGCAGAGGUGUCCGAGCCCCAGAGAAGCGCUGCAUCAGCAUCACCUCAGCCGAUAGAGAUUGAGGCCAAUGACGACUUCAACGUGGAAGGUCUAGUUGCUCAAAGAGUUGCUGGUGUCCAGGCCCGUGUGAUCUCCCUGGACGAGACCACCACUCUGCCUCGCCAUCGCCUCGCCAGCGACGGCCAGUACCAGAGCGGUCCGGACGACGACCCCUCCCCUGAUGUCCCAGUUCGAUCCCCUGUGCGAUGUGUUUCUCCGGAGUUUGUCAACGCCCUAGCGAUGAACCCUGGUGGGCGGCCGAAGGAGAGAAAUAUGCACAGCUACCGGGAGGCCUUCGAGGAAAUGGACGGAGGCCACAUUAGUCCUUCACCCACUAUUGGUGGUGAGGUGUUUCCCCAAACCCCUGCCUUCCCCAUCUCGCCGCAAACCCCUUACUUCAACCUGUGUCGGUCCCCUCCGGGUCUUGCCAGGACGCCGCUGUCGGCCCUCGGCUUGAAGCCUCACAACCCGGCAGAGAUCCACCUGCAUCAAACUGGCUCAGCGCCAAGAAGCUACGUGGAGUCUGUGGCGAGGUCGGCAUCGGGAGGUGGAGACACGCCCACGUCACCGCCACUGAGUCCACUGGGAGAGACACCGAACCAGCAGAGAAGUCUGAGCCCACUGGGAGAGACACCGAACCAGCAGAGAAGUCUGAGUCCACUGGGAGAGACACCGAACCAGCAGAGAAGUCUGAGUCCACUGGGAGAGACAUCGAACCAGCAGAGAAGUCUGAGUCCACUGGGAGAGACACCGAACCAGCAGAGAAGUCUGAGUCCCUCGGCCCACACACUGAACCCUCCUCUGUCCAGCAGCAGUCCCAUCCAGAGCUCGCAAGAUGACCAUCCGUUAGCAGAGAGCAGUGUUAGCACUCCGUCCCAGCCCACUACUGAUUCAGGCUUCCGCUCCCAGGCCACAGACAGCACCUACCCCACCCCCACCCCCACCCCCUCCUAUCAGGCAGUGAACACUCCCACCUCCUCCUACCUGGACUCCAGCUCUCCAGCCUCCUUCUACCACGGCACGCCCACCCCUGCAGUGGCUUACCUUGGCCCGAACACUGUCCUGGGGGCCUAUGGGGUCUAUGGGGCCCCAGACUCAAGCCUGCACACCUCCGGACCCCCCCAGAGCACACUCAGCCAUGGAGGUCCCCAUGCACUGCAACGGACCAACAUGUACGGCUCCACUCACAGUCCGGUCCUGCAGCAGCACCCGGGUGCUCACCAGGACGCUUCGACCACGUGUCAGCAAACAUCAACAGCUAAUGGUUAUGAUGUGGGCGUGCCAGGUCACAUGCCAGGUCACAUGCCAGGUCACAUGCCAGGUCACAUGCCAGGUCACAUGGCAGGUGGCAGUCCCAUGCUGGGUCGGCGUCUCUCCCCGGGGGCUCAGAACAGCCCGGUCCUCAGCAGACAGGCCUCCCUGGGUCAGGGGUCUCAGCGGAGCCCGGUCCUCAGCCGGCAGCCCUCCCUGGGUCAGACCCUACAGAGCAGCCCGGUGCUCAGCCGACAGCCGUCUAUCACACACCCCCAAGGAAGUCCGGUCCUGGGCCGGCACCCGUCUGUGUCGCAGGUGUCUCAGAGAAGCCCCAGUUUGGACCGUCACCCCCUGCACAGCGGCUACACCACCCCGGACGAGAGGCACGGGAACCUGUCCAGGCAGAGCAGCUCCUCGGGCUACCAGGGACCCCCCACCCCCUCCUUCCCCAUCUCGCCUGCGGGCUUCCAGGAUGGGGGGGUGAUGGGGAUGGGUGCAGGGUUCAGGCAGGGCAGCCCAGCCCCGGGCUUCCAGCCGCAGCUUCCAGAGAAGAGGCGCAUGUCGAGCGGUGACAGGCCGAAUGGAGCGAUGUCCUACGGCACGCUGAACGGGAAGAUACUGCCUCCGGUGGCUGGAGGAAGCACGCAGGGCUACUUCCACACCCUCUCCGACUUCUCCAGGUUCAAUAUUCCUGAUGGAAAUCCUGAGAACAGACUGAAUGUCAAGUUUGUCCAGGACACGUCCAAGUUCUGGUACAAGCCAGACAUUUCCAGGGAGCAAGCUAUCGGUCUGCUGAGAGAGAGGGAACCUGGAGCCUUCGUGAUCCGGGACAGUCACUCGUUCCGAGGGGCCUACGGCUUGGCUAUGAAGGUGGCCUCUCCGCCGCCCUCCGUGCAUCAGAGCAAGAAAGGGGACGUCAGCAACGAGCUGGUGAGGCACUUCCUGAUCGAGAGCAGCCCGAAGGGAGUGAAGCUGAAGGGCUGUCCCAACGAGCCGUACUUCGGUUGUCUGUCGGCGCUGGUCUACCAACACGCCAUCACGCCGCUGGCGCUGCCCUGCAAGCUGCUCAUCCCGGCCACAGACCUCGUGGAGGAGGCGCCGGCGGUCGCGACCACGAACCCGUUGGUCGAGCGGCUGAAACAAGGAGCAGCAUGCAACGUGCUCUACAUCAACUCAGUGGACAUGGAGUCCCUGACCGGGCCUCAGGCUGUUGCCAAGGCGAUAUCCGAGACGCUGGCCGCCGCCUCUCAGCCCGCCGCCACCGUGGUGCACUUCAAGGUGUCGUCUCAAGGCAUCACGCUGACGGACAACCAGAGGAAGCUUUUCUUCCGACGCCACUACCCGAACAACACUGUCACGUUCUGCGAUAUCGACCCUCAAGACAGGAAGUGGAAGAAGCCUGAGGGAGGCACAUCCAAGCUGUUUGGCUUCGUGGCUCGGAAGCAGGGAAGCACAACGGACAACGUGAGCCACCUGUUCGCCGAGAUGGACCCGGACCAGCCGGCCAGCGCCAUCGUCAACUUCGUCCUGAAGAUGAUCGCCGCGCAGAAGCAAUGAGCGCCCGCAGCAAACCCACUUUCUUUUUUUUUUUUUAUGCCUUCGGUUAUUUUCUUUCCUUUUAACCACAGACACUUGCUUUUCUGAUUUGGAGAAAAAAUUAGCCUUUGGUUUGACGCGCCACCUUAUUUUUCCUGCUCUGUAAAGCAACUGUGUGUGUGUCUGUGU